UCCAAGAUAAGGUUAGUAUGCUUCUGGUCAAACGUUUCUGCAGCGGAUUCCAACGGAUAAAUGGGAUCACGAAGACAGCUAAACCAGGAGAUCGUCUCAGUGUGCAGGGAUGGAUACAGAACAUACGCCGCUUAAAGAAAAAUAUAUUUCUUGACUUAAAUGAUGGAUCUACAGUGCAGUGUUUCCAAAUAGUAAUACCAAAAACACCAAAUACCAAGGAUAUUAGUAUUGGCAGCAACAUUAGCGCAAAUGGCUUUAUACAAAUGACACCUCAUGGCCAACCUGAACUACACGCUGAACAUGUGGAAGUAAUAGCUGAUGGCCAUAUAGCCGAGGGAUAUCCUUUUACGCCUAAGCAGCAGCACCCACCGGAAUAUGUGCGGGAGCAUUUACAUCUACGAGCAAGAAUAGAUUAUAUAGCUGCGCAAAUGAGAGUGAGACAUCGUGCACUGAAGGCAAUACAUGACUACAUGGAUGCUUCAGAUUUUGUUCAGAUCAAUACUCCUGUGCUUACAACAAAUGACUGCGAAGGUGCUGGUGAAGUUUUCAGAGUGCAACCAGAUUCAGUAGAACUUUUAAAAGAAAUGUCCCGCCCCAAUAUACCGGUAGAGCAAAGCUUUUUCGAUAAUAAAGUAUUUCUCUCCGUUUCGGGCCAAUUAUAUCUAGAAGCCAUGUCAUAUGGCCUGGGUAACACAUACUCUUUAACACCGGCAUUUCGUGCAGAGAACUCCAAGUCACCACUGCAUUUGUCAGAGUUUUACAUGUUCGAAGCGGAGUUGGCCUUCGUAGAAGAAGUUUCUGUAUUAACCGAAUUUAUUGAAAGAAUGUUAAAAGCGAUCACAACUAAUGUCUUAGAAGCAGCGUCGGAGGAUGUAAAGUUUUGCCAAGAAAAAUCUUUGGGUUCUAUCUCUGAACUUCCUUGGCUAAAAUCUUCUUGGCAGACACUUAGCUACGAUUACGCUUUGGAAAUUUUGAUUGCAAACAGGAAUAAAUUCAAAACGAAGUUAAAACCCGACGAAGGAUUCUCGAAAGAACAAGAGCUAUUUCUUGUUGAACAUUGUGGCACACCAGUAUUCGUAAUCGACUGGCCCACAAAUCAAAAACCAUUCUAUAUGAAAGUUAUGCGGACAAAUCCUGAACGCGUACAUGCUUUAGACUUGUUAAUGCCUGGAGUGGGAGAGAUAUGUGGUGGUAGCAUUCGCGAAAGCGAUGAAAAACGACUGCGUGCGCAUCCGCAACUGCCCCAGGGACUAGAAUGGUAUUUGGAAUUGCGAAAGUUUGGUGGAAUACCGACGGGUGGUUUCGGUAUGGGCUUUGAACGUUACCUACAAUUGCUCACAGGAGUAAAGAAUAUACGCGAUGUUAUACCAUUUCCACGAUACCCACAUAGUUGUCGAGUAUGAAAGACUCAAGAGCUCUGAUAAGAUGUACUUGAAAAGAAUAUACAAAUGUAUGUACAUGUACCCAA